AUGGCCUCCACCGACUCCACUGUUGCCAACGGCGCCGAGACCUCGGCUGCUCAGCGACUUCUCCAAACCCAUGCCGACCUGCACCCGACUGUCGAGGACGUCCCCGACGAGGAUCUCCCCGUGAAGUCUGGCGACGCUCCUUCUUGGGCCGAGCCCAGCUCAAGCAGAGCUGCGAGCAAGCAAAAGGAAGCCUCGGCUUAUGGCAAGAAGAUCGAUACUCACUCCCAUGAGCUUUUCCCCGAGCUCGGAACGUCCAAAGGCAAGGGUCCUGGCCCCAACGUCACCCCCAUCUGGGGAGCCAAGAGCAACGCCUCUACACCCGCCAACGGUGUUUCCCGCUCCUCGACUCCCGCCUCGGGAGCUGCUACUCCCAAGAAUGGUCCGCCCUCUAUGUCAAUUCCUGGUCGCAACGUCGAGACGGUCGUGCUGGAGCCCCAAUUCAUCCUCCCGCGCAACCAGCUCAAGCGCCCCAUCCCGGACAUCAUGAAGGACAUCAACCGCAAAUCGCGCGCUAACAUCACCUUGUCUAACGGUACCAACGGAAGAUUGAAGUUUGAUGCCACGGGCCCUCAGGAUGUUGCGCAGCAGGCUCUGAAGGACCUUGUCCAGCAAAUUGGCACCAAGACCACCAUCAAGGUCCCGAUCCCCCAAUCUGCCCGUGCUCACAUCAUUGGAAAGGGUGGUUCGGUCAUCAAGGCUAUUCAGGAGAAGUCCGGUGCCCGAGUUCAACUCCCUAAGGCGGAGGAGGGCAGUGCUCCUAUCGACGAGGAUGACGACUCCACUAUUGACGUUCUCGUUGAGGGUAACGCUUUGUCCGCUGCCUCUGCUCGUAACGAGAUCCUGAAGAUUGCUGGCGAGCGUACCGCCAACGUCAAUACUAAACUGCGUGGCAUCCCGGCUGAGUUCUACCCCUUCAUUGCGGGCCCCGGAAACAGCCACGUCGGUCGCUACGAGAACAAUGGCGUUCAGGUCCGCGUUCCUGCCCAUCAGAUCUGGGCUCCCCGUGGUCGCAACCUCGCCGCGAACGAGGGUGAGCGCCCUGUUUUCGUUCCUGCCGCCGACAACCACAUUCAGCUUGCCGGUGACCGUGCUGCUGUCCAGGCUGCGCGCGCUGAGAUUGAGCGUCGCGUCCAGGAGCUCCAGAACCAGCUGGCAAUCGACCAGUUCAGUCUGCAGAAGGGUCGCCACCAGUUCAUCGCUGGCCGCCGCGGCGAGACCCUAGACGACUUUUUUAACCAGACUGGCUGCACCAUUCUUUUGCCGACCGACGAGGAUGAUGACUCUGUCACAGUCAUUGGUCCUGCAGCUCAGCUCACUAAGGGUGUCGAGACAGCCAUGGACAGAGCCAUGAACAUGCAGUUCUCGACUUUCGACAUCGGCAGAUUCCACAAGAACGCCCCCGGAGGUGUCAACACGCAUGCUCGUAACGUCACCCGUUACCUGCGACACCGCGAUCUGUUUGACGACAUCGAGAGUGCUCACAACACUCACAUCAACACCCCGUUCACCUCCGCAGGUGCCUCACCCUAUGAGCUGUACGCGCGUGAUGGCAAAAGCGUUCUCCAGGCUCAGUCGGCCAUUGAGAAGCUUGUCCAUGCCAUUCCUCCUGCAAGGAUUGCCCCGAUUCCUGUUGAUCCAUUCUACCACAAUUACCUGGUGAAGGAUGUCAGUCCUCGUAUGAGAAACAGCCACGGCGUUCACGUCAUCCUCCCUGAGGCUGGCGAGCCCGAUGGUCCUGUUCUUUUGGUCUUCGAGGGAUCCUCUGCCCCCGAGCCCAAGCCUGAGAUCAAGACCGGUCGUCCCUCUCAGGAAGAGAUCCAGGCCUUCCAGAAGGGCCUGGAGGAGGCUCGCAACCAGAUUUUGGAUAUCAUCAACAAGCAGGAGCAGAUUGCCUCUGCUUCUGUUGACGUGCCUCAAAAGUUCCACGAGCGCCUCCGUCGCUUCAUUAAGAAAGAGCAGGCCAACCGAGCCAAUGACCAGAUCCCCAUCCGUGUUUCUUCGGUUGGCACCGUCGUCAACCUGCGUGGUCCUGCUUCCGCUGUCAAGAACCUUGAGGCCAAGGUCGUUGCCUUUGUCGAGCAAGAGAAGGAGGACGAGAAGGAACGUGGUUUUACCCUGUCUUUUGACUUCCCCCAGAAGUACGCCAACCACCUGAUCGGCAAGGGCGGCUCCAACAUUAAGGAGCUCCGUGACCGCUUCGAUGUCGAGAUUCAGGUCCAGGAUGGUCAGGUCGAGCUGAAAGGCCCCAAGGCCAAGGCCGAGGCCGCCAAGGCGCACAUCAGCUCUCUGGGCCGCACUCUGGCCGAUGAGGUCACCCACGUCCUCAAGGUCGACCCGAAGUUCCACCGUGAGCUCAUUGGCGCAGGAGGCAGCGUUACAAACCGCCUUCAGAGCAAGUAUAAGGUCUUGAUAUUCUUCCCGCGAUCCGGCAAAAGCGCGAAGGAUGAAGAGAACGCCGAUGCCAGCAGCGAUGCUGGCAAGCCUAAGCGUCACCAGGAGCCCGAUGAGGUUAUUGUCCGUGGUCCCAAGAAGGGAGCGGAUGAGGCCCGCGACGAGAUCCUGUCUCUCCUUCAGUACCUCAAGGACACUUCCUUCACUGCGACUGUGUCCGUCCAGCAGAAGCAGGUUCCGUCCAUCAUUGGACAGGGUGGUGCUGCCUUGGAGGAGCUUCGCAUAUCAACUGGUGCCAAGAUUGAUAUUCCCAGUGCCCGCGACGCCGAGACCGUGGAGAUUCUAAUCAAGGGCACCAAGCCUCAGGUUGCUGCUGCCAAGAAGGCUCUUGAGGAGAAGAGAGAUGUUUUCAAUGACACCGUUGUGAAGACUAUUGAGGUGGAUAAGAAGCACCACAAGUCUCUCAUCGGUUCUGGAGGUGCCAAUCUCCGUGAACUGGUUGUCAAUGCUGGUGGAUCUGAUGACCGCCGCGAGCUUGCACGCACCAUUCAGUUCCCCAAGCAGGAGGCUGAUGGCAAUACCAUCAAGGUUGAGGGUCGCUCUGACAUUGUCAACAAAAUUGUUGCACGGAUCGAGGAGAUCGUUGCAGAGAAGGAGAGUCAGGUCACUGAGAUUCUCGAAGUUCCUAUUGAGAAGCACAGAACGCUGAUCGGCCGUGGUGGAGACGCUAAGCGACAGCUUGAGUCCCAGCUCACUGUCUCCAUUGACAUCCCCCGCCAGGGUGAUGGCAAGACUGGUGUCAAAAUCACCGGUCGUCCCGAGAAUGUUGAGAAGGCCAAGGAACACAUCGCCUCGCUCGUCAAGGAGCAGGAGGGAGAGACCCUCCAGGUGCCGCGCAGCCUUCACCACUCCAUUUCCAACAACGGCCAGUUCUUCCGCCAGCUUCGCAACAACCACCAAGUUUCUGUCGACCAUGCUGGCCAGAGCCUACCCCCUAAGCCCAGCGCUGCCGCCAGCCGCAGCAACGGUGGUGCUUUGCCCUUGAUCACUGAUGACGAGGAUGCCACCGCUGACGCCCACUCCUGGAAGGUUGUGGACAGCGCUGCUGGCGAGGACGGUGAGAUUGCCUGGGUCCUUCGUGGCUCUCCUGAGAACCUUGAGAAGGCCAAGGCUGCAAUCGCUUCUGCUAUUGAGCAGGCGAAGAAGAACACCCACACAGGUUACCUGGUCCUGCCCGAUCCCAGGACCUACCGCUACGUCAUCGGCCAGGGUGGCAGCAAGGUCAACUCCAUCCGCAAGCAGAGCGGUUGCAAGAUCAACGUUCCCCGCAACGAUGCUAAGGAGGAUGCGAUUGAGGUUAUUGGAAACGCCGACGGCGUUGAGAAGGCCAAGGACCUGAUCCUGGAAGCUGUGAGAGAGGGACUUAGCUCCCGUGCGCCCCGGGACUAG